UGAUAAGUAUGACCUGAAAUUAUGAAUCAUAAAAAUUGUGCACUUGUGAUACAGGAAGUGGACGCUCAAGACAGCGGGCUGCAACUGGUGCAUCUGCUACUGGCAUGCGCAGAGGCGGCAGCGAGAGAAGACUACAUGGUGGCGCACAGAACACUACUGCAGCUCAAACAAGUAGUCACCCCAAGUGGCGAUUCCAUGCAGAGAGUGGCGUCCUGUUUCACAGAAGCCCUUCACGCCCGGCUAAUGGGCACAGGCGUGCGAUCAUAUGCAGCGCUGAGAGCAUACGACCUGGCCUCCUCUGAAGAAGUCCAGUACGCAUACCAAAUCCUGUACCAAGCCUGCCCAUAUGUAAAAUUCGCGCAUUUCACAGCAAAUCAGGCCAUAUUUGAGGCAUUCGAAGGGGAAGAAAGGGUGCACAUCAUAGAUCUGGACAUAGUGCAGGGCUAUCAAUGGCCUGCGUUUGUCCAGGCUUUAGCAGCCAGGCCAGGCGGUGCCCCUUUUCUGAGAAUAACAGGGGUGGGCAUGCCUCUGGAGGCAAUUCAAGAAACCGGCAAAAGACUGGCCGAAUUGGCCGAGUCUCUACACGUGCCCUUCGAAUUCCAUGCUGUGGGCGAGCGUCUGGAGAAUGUACAGUCUCAUAUGUUCCAGAGAAGAAUUGGGGAAGCCCUAGCUGUGAAUUCCGUGAACCGGCUGCACAGGUUGUUUGCAGAUCCUGCUUCUCUGGGAGGGCUUCUGAGCAUGAUAAGAGAACAGGCCCCAAAUAUAGUAACCCUUGUGGAGCAAGAGGCGAGCCAUAAUGGGCCCUUCUUUUUGGGCCGAUUUCUUGAAGCCCUACAUUACUAUUCCGCCAUUUUCGAUUCCUUGCACGCUACCCUUCCUCAGACCAGCGCCGAGAGGAGAAAAGUCGAACAGCUCAUCUUUGCCCCUGAGAUCUGCAACAUUGUGGCAUGUGAGGGUUCUGAGAGAGUUGAGAGACAUGAGAAGUUGGAGAAAUGGAGGAAACUUAUGGAGAGCAAAGGGUUUCAGAAUGUGGCACUCAGUGCCAAUGCAGUGAAUCAGUCGAAGCUACUGUUAGGGCUUUAUCCCUGUGAUGGGUAUAAACUUAGUGAAGAAAAAGGGUGUUUGUUGUUAGGUUGGCAGGACCGUUCUUUAAUUGCGGCCUCUGCUUGGCAUUGUUAGUGGGCAAGAUUGGAAUGUUUGCGAGAGUGCUUUGUGAAUACAUUUUUAUCAGAGUUUCUGUCUGUAAUUAGAUGCGCAUUGUUGCCAUCUUCUGGUUUGUAAUGUGCUUAGACUCUUGUUCUACAUUCUUGGUAUUUGUAUGGGUGAGAUUGAGAGAUGAAUAAAGAUGCAGGUCACCCAACAUGAAACUGGUUAAUAACUCAGAUGGAUUGGAUGUUCCCCACAUUGUACAUGAUUCAAUUUAAAAGGAUUCAAUGCAGAUUUUAUCUUCUGGUUGCGAU